CUUUCCUUCAAUUAGAUAGUUGGAAAUGUUCCACAUAACAUGUUAAUUAGUUUGUGCAUGUUAAUUUUCGCAAGUAUGUUGAUUCUUGUUGAAUUUGGGCAUUUUUAUGCUAGCCCCCAAGUAUACCUACGACUCUAGUGUUUUCUUACAAUGUAGGUGUUUUUGGUAUAUUGCUUGUGUUCCUCAUAAUUCAGGAAUGACAAAUUAUGGAAGAAUUUUCAUUUUGUUGGAGUUAAUUAAAAAAAAUUCACUUAUGGAAUUUUUUGUUCGAUAUGAACUUAGUAUCAUGUCUUAGGGAACAAAAUUGUAUGACUCCAUUUUAUGAGUGGAAUGCACUCCUUUAGUGAUUGGUGUGAGUGCCAGUUUUGUUAAAGGUAUAAUGCCUUAUUGUAUUAUUGAUCAGCAUGCCUGACGAGUCGUCACCUCCUUCUGGUGGCCACGAGGAGCGUGGCAUGACGCGUCAGUCUACUGGCGCGGGUGCCCCAUGGGUGGGCCCUGAGCUCUACGACGGUCGUGAUCUACACUACGACCUAGAGCACCGCGUGACUUCCCGCCUUCACGCGAGGAGAGAGACUACGGUUCGCGGCUAUGGCGCAGCGACGAGUGAGACCGUUUUUAGUUUCCUGAGCUCGGACGCCUAGGCUUUGGUGAGGGCGAGCUCACUGUUUCCGGUGGUCGAGACCUUCUAGGAGAUACUGCGGCUUAACAUCUCCCUGUCCUUUCUGCGGUCGUUCAUGAGGUGGUGGUGGGAUACCACCAACACCUUCCAUUUUCCUUGGGGUGAGAUGACGAUCACUCCCGAGGACUACACGGCUUUGACGGGCUUGACCUUUACAGGGAACCCCGUUCGUCUGAGGUCGGAUAGCCCACCGCCGACUGUUGCUGAGGGUACCAGGCUCCUGGGCUCGUGGAUGGGCAUGAGAUUGCCUUCGUACCAGCCCCGUGGGAUACCUUUUGCUGACCUGAUGUGGGCCCUGGAGCAUGGGGUAGAGGAGUCGUCUUCGAGGCAGGCUCGGCUGUUCUACCUCCAUUUUAUUACUUCCAAUUUUCUAUCGGGUCCGACUGACACUUUUGACCCGAGGUGGAUAGGCAUGGUGGAGGACGUGUCUACACUGGGUGACUAUCGCUGGGGCGAUUUCGGCUAUGCGAUGCUCGUCGGCCAGAUGAGUUUGGCGGUGCGCGACUCGGACCCGAAUAGACGUCACUUUGUCAUUACAUUAGCGGGAGUGCCGCGUUUGAUCGAGCUGUGGGCCUUUGAGCACUUACCUUGGUUGGCUCCCCGAAAGGGGCAGAGGCCUUUGGAGUACCCUGCCGGUCGUCGUUGGGGUUGGAAGAAGAAGCUGACAGUGCGUCCACCGCCCGAUACCGUGUGGGAUCUCAUUUGGGACAGGAACCCUGAGCAUGUGGUUUGGACCCCAUGGCUCUCUUUUAGGGGUACUUAUGCUUCGGUCAGGGAUAGUUAUGCCCUGAGCCAGAUGCGGGUCUUAUUCGUUGGCCGCUGGGACCCUGUCUGGUACCUGGGAGAGCGGGUACGUAUGCAGAUGGUCGGGGCUUUUCGGUGCCUAGGCCUCCGCCUGCGACCAUGCUGUCUACUCGUUCGAUAGGCGAGUCGUGGAGGGUCCACUCGAGGACUGGCGUGCCGGCGACGGAGUUGGUGAUAGAGGGAGCUAGCUAUUAUCAGUUUAUCCAGGAUUCUCUUCGUCUCCCGGAGCCUGGCGCUGAGUGUCCUGACCCUUCGUUGGGGGGAUGGGUGCUUCCCGAUGCUCGGAUCUCGUAUACUGGAGAGAGUGGAUCCGAGAUUGUGGAGACUUUCCCGGAAGACUGGGUUUUCCAUGCUCCGCUCCCUGAGGGAGUACAGGCGGUUCCGGCCCGUACGGCUAACGCGAUGGUGGGGGUGAUCAACCGGUUGAAGUCCGCGUUGGUUUGGGCCCGAUCUGCACUUUCUUGCAGGAGCCCCCACUCUACUCGGACGGGUGCUGGACGAGCCGGGGCCGACGACGCGGGUCCCUCGGGCGGGGGACACGGUCGUGAGAGAGAGAGGGCACGACACUCGCCCCUACGGCAUCGCCGUUCCGAUGCGAGGGUUAGUUCUUCCGGGGAGAGGUCCGAGCCGGAGCGUAGGCGACGUUCCGUGUCGGUGGCCCGAGAGCCUAGCCCCAAGUUGCAGUCACAGCCUCAUUUUCGGGGUGAUUCUGGCUGGGGGUCCUCAUACCACGGGGGGUGGAGUGGAUGGACCGGCGAGGCUUGGAGACAUGAAGCCGAUGACGAGUCUUAGGCUUACCUCCUGUUUUGUAUAUAUUCAUUCUUGUAUUCCGCAUGUAUAUAUAUAUAUUUUUUUGCGAUUUUUUUGGUGCAAGAAUGUUUUGAGCCUUCCGUGGGCUUUGCUUUAACAUAUUAUAGUAAUAUUA